AUGGCAGAGAUGGAAGGCUUGGAGUUUGGGAAGUCUGAUUUUGUGCUUCUGGAUGAGGUCACUAUGGAGCAGUUUAUGGAGAAUCUUAAAUUGAGGUUCGAAAAGGGUCGUAUAUACACCUAUAUCGGCGAUGUGGUGGUGUCUGUCAAUCCCUACAAACAAAUGGACAUCUACGGCAAGGAUGCCAUCAACGCAUACCGCGGUCGCGAACUGUAUGAAAACCCACCUCACCUCUACGCAGUAUCCGACGCUGCCUAUAAGGCCAUGAAGAGACGAGCUAAAGACACUUGUAUCGUCAUUUCAGGUGAAAGUGGUGCCGGGAAAACAGAAGCCAGUAAAUACAUCAUGCAGUACAUCGCCGCUAUCACAAACCCGAGUCAGAGAGCGGAUGUCGAAAGUGUGAAGAACAUACUGCUAAAGUCCAACUGUGUUCUUGAGGCUUUUGGAAACGCCAAAACCAAUCGUAACGACAACUCCAGCCGCUUUGGGAAGUACAUGGACAUUAAUUUUAAUUUCAAUGGCGAUCCAAUGGGAGGACACAUCAACAACUACUUGCUGGAGAAGUCCAGAGUGGUUAACCAGCAACAAGGGGAGAGGAACUUUCAUUCAUUUUACCAGUUUUUACGAGGAGCAGCGAAUGAAAUGAUUGCAUCGUUUCACCUGCGAAAUGAUCCAGGUGUCUACGUGUAUACCAAAGAGGGUGCUGCAGCAACUACCUGCAACAAUGAUCACUCAAGCCACAAAGCUGUGCUUCAUGCACUGGAAGUUAUUGGCUUCUCCAAAGAUGAAAUUAAAUCCAUUUAUCAAAUUCUCGCAUCCAUUCUACAUCUUGGUAAUAUUGAGUUUGGGAGCGAUGGUGAGAAUGUCGAAAUUUCCGACCUGGAAAUUGUGAACUACAUUUCAGAGUUGAUCAACACUGACGCCGAAAGCGUCACUAAGAGCUUGCUAUACCGCACUGUGGCCACCGGUGGGGGCGACGUCAUCGAGAAGGGUCACACAGAAGAAGAAGCGUGUUUUGGGCGAGAUGCUUUCAGCAAGGCCCUCUAUGAGAGACUUUUUGGGUGGAUUGUCGGCCGCAUCAAUGACGUCAUUGAAGUGAAAGAUUACAACCCGGUGCUUCAUGGGAAAAAUACGGUUAUCGGAGUGCUGGAUAUCUAUGGAUUUGAGAUUUUUGACAACAACAGUUUCGAACAGUUUUGCAUCAACUACUGCAACGAAAAGCUUCAGCAACUUUUCAUCGAGUUGAUCCUUCAACAGGAGCAAGACGAAUACAAUCGAGAGGGAAUCCAAUGGCAGCAUAUUGACUACUUUGACAAUCAAAUCAUCGUUGAUUUGGUGGAGCAGCAACACAAAGGGAUCAUCUCCAUUUUGGAUGAAGCUUGUCUUACUGUUGGGAAAGUCACUGACACUGUUUGCCUGGAUAGCAUGGACAUUAAAUUGGCACAACAUCCUCACUAUACCUCCCGCAAGCUCAACCCUACCGACAAAACCAUGGACUUUCAGAAGCAUUUCCGAAUCCGCCACUAUGCUGGGGAUGUCACAUAUUCCGUGGAGGGCUUUUUGGACAAAAACAGAGACCUGCUUUUCCAAGAUUUCAAGCGCCUCAUGUACAACAGCUCCAAUACAGUCAUGAAGGAAAUGUGGCCAGACGGUCAACUGGGCAUCACAGAGGUCACCAAGCGACCACUUACAGCAGCCACUCUGUUCAAAAACUCCAUUGUGGCGUUAGUGGAAAAAUUGGCAUGCAAGGAGCCGUAUUACGUGAGAUGCAUCAAACCGAAUGAGGUCAAGUCCCCGCUGCUGUUCGAUGAUGCUCGCUGCCAACAUCAGGUCGCCUAUCUGGGCCUUCUGGAGAACGUCAUGGUGCGCCGAGCUGGUUUCGCCUACAGGCAGCCUUACGCUCGCUUCUUACAGCGCUAUAAAAUGACUUGCGAGUACACUUGGCCCAACCACUUGAUGGAAUCGGACAGGGACGCGGUGGAAGCCAUCGUCAGACAGCACGGAUUCCAAGACGACGUGGCGUACGGUCACUCCAAGCUUUUUGUGCGAACGCCGCGAUCCCUCUUUACUUUGGAGCAGGAGAGAGCCGCCCUCAUUCCCAUCCUUGUGCUUUUCCUACAAAAGGUAUGGCGGGGGGCUCUCGCUCGAAUGAGGUGCCGGCGAAUGAAGGCCAUCUACGCCAUCAUGGGCUGCUUUAAGCGCUACAAGGUCAAGGCCCACUUCUGGGAAGUGGAGCAGCGCUUUGCAAAUGUGAGGAACAUGGCCGAUUACGGGAAAAGCGUCAUGUGGCCAACGCCGCCCGCUGCUCUCGCAGGGUUUCACGCCAUCACGGUCUCGCUGCAUCGCAGGUGGUGGGCAAGACAGAUGGUGAAGAAAAUUCCGCCGUCCGAUAUGCCGGAAAUUCGAGCCAAAGUCGCCGCUUUGACCGCUCUGGGUGGCGAAAGGAAAGACUGGGGUUGCGUUCGAGCUUGGGAAAGGGACUACCUGGCCAAUGUGCGAGACUGCCCACAAACCAGUUCCGGCUUCGCUCGCUUCGCCCGGGAGCUGCGGAACAAAGACGAGUACAGUCAAGUCCUCUUUUCUGGCUUCUGUCGGAAGAUGAACAGAUUUAACAAAAGCACAGACCGUGGCGUGCUUAUCACAGACAAGUUCUUCUACAAAUUAGAGCCCAAAAAACAAUUCAAGGUUCUGAGGAAAACCCCUUUGGACACAUUUACAGGACUGAGCAUAAGCGCCGGACUGGACCAGAUGGUGGCGUUGCACACAUCCUCACAGGAUGACCUUCUUUUGUGCCUUCAAAGUGGAGAACUCUGUCCAAACCAGGACCGCGUGGGCGAGCUGGUGGGCACGUUGGUGGACCAUUUCACACGUGUACGAAAAACGUCGUUAACCGUGAAGGUGUGCCCUUCGGCCAUCCGACUCCAGAUGCGGGGCAAGUCAAAGACGGUCACCGUGGAAGCCAAGGCGGGACAAAUAAUCGCUGAUUUCAAGAAGAGCAAAGAUGGUUUUGUUCUACUGGUGCCGACCAAGUGA